GCAGCGGCACCAUCGACUUCGAGGAGUUCCUGGUGAUGAUGGUGCGCCAGAUGAAGGAGGACGCCAAGGGCAAGUCCGAGGAGGAGUUGGCCAACUGCUUCCGCGUCUUUGACCGGAACGCGGACGGGUUCAUUGACAUCGAGGAGCUGGGUGAGAUCCUGAGGGCCACUGGGGAGCACGUCACCGAGGAGGACAUAGAGGACCUCAUGAAGGACUCGGACAAGAACAACGAUGGCCGCAUCGACUUCGACGAGUUCCUGAAGAUGAUGGAGGGUGUGCAGUAA